AAUGCCUCCAAAAUUUUGGCCACUCUUCUUUCUCUGCAAUGGCUUCAACUUUCAACCCCAGGUCUCUCUCUUCUCCUCCAAACCCUUCAAAACCCUCCUCUCACAUCCCCACUCUCCAACCCCCACACAAAACCAUAACCCUACAAACCCCCAAUUUCACCAUCUCCGGCGGCUCCACACUCUCCGGCCACGUCUCCAUCAGCGGCUCCAAGAACUCCGCUCUCCCGAUCCUCGCAGCCACCCUUUGCUGCUCAGGCACUUCGAAUCUCAGAAAUGUCCCUGAUUUGUCUGAUACUCGCACAAUGUGUUCGGUUUUGGGGUCUUUGGGAGCUGAAAUUGAGGAUCUUGGUGGCGAAUUGGUGGUCAAUACUGAUGGGGUUCGAUCGGUUGAGCCUUGCGAGGAUGAGAUUGGAAAGAUCAGAGGUGGGUUUUUCGUGGUUGGGCCGUUGUUGGCUCGGUUUGGUGAGGCUGUGGUGGGGUUGCCUGGUGGGUGUGACAUUGGGGCUCGACCCAUUGAUCUGUAUAUUCGAGGGCUUCGUGCUCUUGGUGCCAUUGUCGAAUUUAGGGAUGGGAAAGUACAUGCACAUGCUGCAAACGGCAAAGGGCUGAUGGGUGGAAGGUUCCGACUCAAUUACCCAAGUGUGGGGGCCACCGAAACCCUUAUGAUGGCAGCUUGUAUGGCUGAUGGAGUGACUGUACUUUCCAACGUUGCUCGAGAACCAGAGGUGAUUGAUCUUGCUCAUUUUCUGAUUGCCAGCGGAGCAUGUGUGGAAGGAGCGGGCACUGACAAGCUUCUUAUCAAGGGAAGAAGUCGGUUGCACGGUUCUGAAUAUUCCAUAAUACCAGAUCGCAUUGAAGCCGGCACCUUUAUGCUCGCUGCUGCAAUUACUCGAUCUUGCAUCUCAAUGUCACCUGUUGUGCCUUCCCAUUUAUCGUGUUUAAUAAACAAGUUGGUAAAUGCUGGUUGCAAAAUUGCACAAUGCACCCAUGACAUGCUGGAGUUCUCUGCAGUUCCUGCUAAAGCCAGAGAUGUUUUGCAUGGUUUCAAUAUUAGAACAAACCCUUUUCCUGGGUUUCCAACGGAUCUGCAACCUCAGAUAAUGACAUUGCUUACAACAUGUGACGGUUUAAGUAUGGUGAAGGAAUCUGUGUUUGAAAACCGUUUGAGACAUGUAACAGAACUGCAGAAGUUCGGACCAAGAAUUCAGGUUUGUGGGAGCACUGCAUUGGUUUUUGGAAAAGACAGAGGAAGAAGCAUGUUACGUGGUUCUCGAGUUGUUGCAUCUGAUUUAAGAGGAGGGGUGUCACUGGUUUUGGCGGGAUUGGCUGCAGAAGGAACUACUGAAAUCAAUGGGAUCGCUCACAUUGAUCGGGGUUAUGAAAAUUUAGAGACGAAGCUUCAGCGUCUAGGAGCUGAUGUCAAGCGAUUGAUUAACAUUCCAAGCCCUCUGUAAAUAUUGACUGACUCGCUAAAGAAAUUGAUGAUUGAGGCAUCUAUCUAUCUAUCUAUCUAUAUUUAUACUAUAUAUUAAGCAAUAAGCAAUAAGCAAUAAGCAAAUAUAUAUAAGCAAAUGUAGUUAUUAUAUCAAAACUCUCCAAAUGUUUAUUCGUAAAUUCUCAUAAUUUUGGAAUAAAUAAAUAAAUAUGUGGCAUCUCUCUUUACCUCUCUUCUCAUUAUUUCCCAAGCAAAUGUAGUUAUUAUAUCAAAACUCUCCAAAUGUUUAUUUUUAAAUUCUCAUAAUUUUGGAAUAAAUAAAUAAAUGUGGCAUCUCUUUUCACUUCUCUUCUCACUAUUCAGACCAUUUCACUCUCUUUCCCAAUUGUUCUAUAAAAGAUAAUAAUAAAAAAAACAAUUAAUAUCUUUCCUUAGAGUUUUAGGAAUAGAUGUGUAUAAAAAUCCACAUGUCUGUCACUAUAUCAUGUAAAUGUAAAUUUAAAAAAAAAAAAAAAAAAAAAA